CCGAAGUACUUGACGUGCAGUUCGGAAAGGAUGGAUAGCUUUUCACUGCAUUGGCUAUAUCCUUCCGCCCAUUUUUCGGGGUGCCAUAUUUGGUAUCAGGACGUGCUGGAGGGUGCGGAACCAAUGGAGUUGGUGACGUCACGGACAUCGGGAAAUUACGGAAACGCGUACGUCACCAUUGACGGUUUAAAGAGCGGUACUAAGUACAACGUCACGGUUCGCGCGGUUGUGGGCACAACUGAAAGUCUUGACGACGUCCUAGUUCAGUGCAUAACUGAAAUGGAUAAUCCAACGUUCCUCGCCUGUACGUCAGCAACAUACUCGUCUUUCGCUAUCAGCUGGACCCGUCCAAACGCACCUCUUCUCGGCUAUACAGCAAAUCUCACCCUUGUCGACGCCAUAGCCUCCCGCAACAGAACUGUGACGACCACAAACGCUGCCCCCCAGAACGAAACACUUGUGUUCUACGAUGCCGCAGCGGACAAAGAGUACAGGGUGGCACUCGUGGCUAACGGCUUGUACAGUGACAGCUUCCCUGUUGAGGUUACAUGUGCGACACUGACGCCUCCACCCGAGAACUUCCAGGUGGUGACCGCCACAGAAACGUCCGUACAGGUUUCCUGGAGGAAUCAGAGGACCGACUCCCUCGCUAUCGGCUACAGGGUAUGGAUCACGCGGAGGCAUACUGGUAAAAGCGUGGUGACACGAUACGUACCCACCAGUUCAACUGAUGUAACAUUUAACGACCUAAGCCCAGCCGUGGAAUAUGUCAUAUCGGCCACAAGCAUCAACAGGCACAACGAAGGACUGGAAGUGACCAUUACAGCUGCGACAAGAACUGAUCCUCCGAAUGCAUUAGGUGUGGACGACUGGACAACCGACACUAUUUCCAUGUCAUGGAUUCCAUCAAAGGCUGUGCUUACCGCAUACAACAUAACCUACACCGGCGAUGGAAGGGGUACUUCCAUACAGAAGUCAGGAGACGUGGACAGAUGUGAGCUGACAGGUCUGGUUCCUGGUACUCGGUAUGACAUCGGUGUGGUGGCUGUGAGCAGGCUGGGGAGGAGCAUCACCGUCAGUACAACAGCUGUCACAGACACAGAUCCGCCUUCGAGUUUAAGAGCCUCAGUGGCUGCGGCAACUUGGAUGUUGCUGGAAUGGACGCCACCUGUGGCAAAUGUUCACUCUUACCAGUUGGACAUCUCAGAUGAAUAUGACAGCGCAAUAACAGUUCUGAGGAACUUCGAUGCCAACAUGGUCAACAUCGACCGCAGCACACGUACUUCGCCAGGAAAGUCAACAGAACUUCCAUUGAGCUCAACAACAACAUCAACACCAGUUUCAGAUCACACCAUUCACACCACAUCUCUGGCACGAACGACUGAAAGUCCAGGUCAGAAGCUUCAGCAGUUCGUGGAAGAGGUAGACAUCUCCGAUCUUGUGCGACCUGAGGACAUACUAACAGUGACGUCCAACAUCAAUGACAUCAUCAGCGCUGACGGUGACACCAACUCACCAUUGCCGCCUUCAGUUCUGAAAUCUGCAGCAGAUGCCGUGUUGGAUCUUGCUGAUGCCAUGAAAGGAUCACAGGGUGCAUCGGCUGAGAACAUGGGGACAAUAGCUAAUGCCAUGGUUCAGACGGCUUCCAUAGUUGUCGACAUGUUGCCGGAGACACCGGUCAAAAGUACCGCCGACAGCCUGUCUGGAAGUGACGUCGACAUCAACAACAUGGAACUUUCACCCAAGCAGCAGGUGGAUAGGUUAAAGAAGAAGAAGAAGGAAAAGGAAAACGCGCAACGAGAAACAGCAGAGUCUAUUGUGACAUCUCUGGACAAAGUUGCUGACACCCUGCUGGCAUUGCAGCCUGCGAAUGUAGCAUAUCGUACAACGUUUAAUACAGAACGCGUCGCCGUGGCUGUGGUGAGAUCUCCUGCAAACGAAGACAUCCAGGUUCACUCGGGUCAAAUUGUGGCCAAUAUUCCGGGCAGAGAGAUGAAAACUCAAACCAACGAUGUGCUGGAUUUCAAGAUGUCCGUUUUCCAGAAGAACCCGUACUCAUGGGCUGCAUCGACAGGAGGACAAAACAUAUCGUCUCCGGUGGCGUUCGUAACCAUGAAAGAAAAUGACCCCGGAAGCCGUACCGAAAAACGACGGCUGAAUAUGGACUUUCCUUUCGUACCCGCGCAACCAAGAGGACAACCGCCCGACCCAACGCCACUAGACAGGGCGACUAAACAGCCAGGUGCGGUGGAAGGAAACGGCAAAGUGUCCAACAGAGAAAACAUGACGUACCACACCUUUACCGUGCCUGAGGGCAACGUCGUCCCUGUUGUUCAUUUGAACUGGUGGGCCACAGAAGCCAUCUUUCACGUGUACUCCGCAUAUGGGUAUCUUCCCACGGCUGAAAAGUAUGCCGAGAAAAGAGUGGUAAGAGUCGACGGGUAUGAGGCCUGGCUCAAGGGGACCAACUUUUCGAUCUCCUUCACUCCAAACAUGACUUACCAUGGUGGGCGUUUGUAUGUUGGAGUAGAAAAUAUAGGGGCUGCGCGGUCUCCCCGGCGGUCCCUCGUGCAGUCCCCGGACAAGGAAGCCGCGCUGUCGUUGUCAGUUGUAGGCUGCUCCUCGUGGAAGGACAACAUGAAACAAUGGGCGCUAGGAGACUGCGAUGUUAAAGUAGACAUGAAGGAUGCAGUCGCCAGUUGCAAGUGUCACAUGACCGGGUCUAGGAUCGCCGUGGGAACCAUGACUCUGCCUGUUCCCAACUCCAUCGACUUCAUCAACGCGUUCAGGAACUUCCGCAAUCUGAGCGAUAACUCCGUGGUGUUCUCCACUGUGGUGUCCGAGUACAUUCUGUACAUACUCAUCCUGGUUCUGUUGGACUUCCAGCGUAUAAGGGCAAGUGUGAAACCUGUUUCUCAGUAAAUGUGCUCUGUUGUUAUAUCAUAGGUCUGAAGAAGUCGUAACAUACUUUAUUGCUUUAUGUUGUUAUUAUUUAAUAAAAUGUCAUGUUUGUACACAGUGGUCAUUGUGGUGCACCGAAAGUGCGAAAAGAAACGAAAAGGAAAGUACCGAAAAUGCGAAAGGAACAAAAAGGAACGAAAGGGAACGAAAAGGAACGCAGAAUGAGCAAAGUGAAAUAAAAUCAAUUGGAAUAUAAUGAAAUGAUACUGUGUGCGGCAACUGCACAUGAAACCUGUUUUAUUUUUGCACUUUGAGGCUUAUUCCACGAAAUGCCUGGAGCCCUAAUGGUUCAAUUGAACAAUAGCCCCAGCUUUUAUUCCAGUCAU